AUGGCCCUGACUCUAAGUCCCCCGGGUCAGGGAAACAUUAUCGUCGACCUCGAAGGAGACCGGCAUAUUUACGGACAAAGACCGGGUGUCUCACAUUUACCCUGUCACUGGCCGGGGGACAAACGUGCAGGACAAGACGAUCUCGAAUAUUCCACCGCAGUCUCGGGCGCCCACGCAAGGCGACCAAAGCUACAGCCAAACACCGAUUUAAAAGUGAUCCAGUUCAACCCGGUGGACAUCGAUCAGUCCAGUACGUCUGAAUUACGCUCUAGUUGGUCUCCAAAGGUGGUGGCUACUUCGACGCCGGAAUCCUGGAAUGCAGAGUUGGGGGACGUGCAGGCCUACAUUCCCACAAUUGCACCUCCUCUAUCAUCGAUAUACUCAGAUGCUAUCACAUCGGAUAGUAUUCCACUCUUUGAUUUCCUGCGAGCCGUGUUUCUGCCGCAGUUGAUUCGGCCAACUGCCCAGAGAACGCUGAUCGAUCUCUUUAGUAAUGAAUCCUUGGCUAUCGCUCUGCGCGUUCCGUUCUUCAUGCAUGCUCUUCUCGCAUGCUGUGGCGCUGAGAUUUUGGUAGAAGGGCGUCAUAUUCAAACGCAUUACCAGCAACUGGCAGAACGGCACUACACAAAGGCUGUGGCUGGGCUUCGCGCUAACCUAGACACCAAUUUGACCGACCGUGAUGGCACGGUGGUCCUGCAGACAGUAAUCAUGUUGUGCAUUUAUGAGAGAUCCAAACCAUAUCUCUCCCACGGUGUGGAUGCACAUCUUCUCGGCAUGGCACAGAUAAUAAAAGUUCGUUUCCAACAAUCCAGCCAGAAUAUGCAUCGGUCAGCUACGGACCUGGCCAUGGACCGUGUCAUUCUCGAAGCGUUCAUCUUCCACACCUCGACCAGCAUUCCUUUCCAACAGCAGGAGGCGAGUCCAGUGGACAUAGACCUUGCCUUUUCACUAGCCGAGGAAAAGCUGGAAGAUGAGUCUCAUAGAACCAUGGUGGAUCAUUCUCAUUCUCCUAUCCUCGGAGUGCCACCCCGUUUAUUCGCACACAUUCGGGAGAUUGCGCUCAUGUACCAGGGCUCACCACGGAAUGUGGAUAUCUUGAGAUGUUAUGAGCUGAUGGAAAUAGUGUCUGAAUUGGAGACAGAUAUGCAUGGAAGUCACCAGUUCGUCAGGGGCAAUCUAUCGCAGGGCAACCUAGUUUAUAAAACAGCCUCCGUUGGCCCGAGACUCUACACACUCGCUUCAAAGCUUUUACUUGAUCGCAUGAUAUGUAUAGUAUCGGGGAGCUCUCCCGCAACCGCACCCCAGCUUCUGGAAGAAGCAUUCGAUCUGGUAAAUCAGUUACAACCUUCGACUGAUUAUUAUGCCGAGUAUUACGGCUGGCCCUUCCAGGUGCUUGGCGCAUCCCCACCGUUCUGGAAUCUGUUGGGCGAGUAUAAAUACGAGUUCAGCCUUGCAGCAAGCCAAAACACCUGGAAAUAUCCCAUUCACGUCAAGCUCACGAUGGCAGCGACCUCCCAGAAAUCUAACUUGGCUGCCUGGCUUACCACGGACAUCCGUGAGAGUCUCCCCGAGGAACUGGUGGCCCACACCAUUAGCAUCCCGCCUUUCGUCUGCGUCCCAGGUACCUUCAACGUGCGCGAUCUUGCUGCCCCGGGACGGACCCUACGAUCUGGACACAUCUAUCGCUCUGGGGCCUUGACAAACCUGACUGAAGAAGGUAAACGGGCUCUGGUACAAGGCCUAGGCAUCACUACGAUAUUUGAUCUGCGAAACUCCUCCGAGCGAGUCAAAUCGCCAACCCCGGAGAUCCCCGGCAUAGACAUAAUCUGGAUGCCGUAUUCAGCCGAGCCUGGAGAGAUCAAUCUAAAAGCCUUUGCACGAGGCGAGAAUGAUUUCACGGGGUUCGUGGACCUUUAUCAUAACAUUCUAGACAUUUCUGGGCCGACAUAUCGGAGGGUAUUCGAGCAUAUACGGGACUCUCCGGACGAAUGCCUUCUGUUCCAUUGCACUGCGGGAAAAGAUCGUACUGGCGUCCUCGCCGCCCUCAUCCUGCGUCUCGUGGGCACGUCGCUAGAGGGCAUCGCUCAUGAUUAUGCGCUUACUCGCGUUGGCAUUGAGCCCGUCCGCUCGAGUCUUCUCGGUAUGUUGAAGAGCCAUGUGGGCGAUUCCGAGGAGAGUGCCGGACUGUUGGGGCUGUCGAGCCUAAGGACUGGUGCUAUCGUGGCGUUCAUUAGAGCCUUUGACAUGAAUUUUGGAACCGUCGAAAGUUAUAUGAUCUAUAGGUUGGGGCUUACCAAGGAUGACGUGAAUAUAAUUAAACAAAAUCUUCUCUCUUCCUAG